GCAGCCCUCACCCUGGAGCGGAGGCGGCGGAUCGAGGAGCUCUCGCGGUCCUCCCGGCAGCGGCUGCUGCAGUCCCGGGACAGGAUGUUCUCCAAGCUCGCCUCCAUCCUGCAGCACGCCGUGGAGGCGCUUGCACCAUCCCUUCCACUGCAAGAAGAUUUUGUUUACCACUGGAAGGCUAUUACCCAUUACUACAUAGAGACUUCUGAUGACAAAGCUCCUGUGACUGAUACCAACAUUCCAUCUCACCUGGAGCAGAUGUUGGAUAUUUUAGUUCAGGAGGAAAAUGAGAGGGAGUCUGGGGAAACAGGGCCUUGCAUGGAAUAUUUGCUACAUCACAAGAUCUUGGAGACAUUGUACACCCUGGGCAAGGCUGACUGUCCGCCAGGCAUGAAGCAGCAGGUUCUGUCUUUUUAUACAAAACUUCUGGGAAGAAUACGGCAGCCUCUUCUUCCACAUAUAAAUGUGCACAGACCUGUGCAGAAAUUAAUCAGACUUUGUGGUGAAGUCUUGGCUGCACCUACAGAAAAUGAAGAAAUACAGUUUCUCUGCAUAGUGUGUGCAAAGCUGAAACAGGAUCCAUACUUAGUUAACUUCUUCCUUGAGAACAAGCUAAAAGCAGUGGCUUCAAAAAGCACAGCCAGCUUAAUUGCAGAAGACAUUCAAAAAGGCCAGGAUUUUGGGAUGACUGAUCCGGAACAAUCUGUUCAGCUCAAAGAAACACCAAGAGUGGAACAAGGACAGAGAGGAAAUGACCUUCCUCAGCUGGCAGAUGACCUGUCCACAAGUCUGGAUGAAUUAAGUGUCCCUACAUCCCCCGAGGCUUUGGCUGUUCAUCCACAUGGGAACUAUAAUUUGGUGAAUUCUCUACUCAAUCUCACCAAAAGCCCGGAUGGCCGAAUAGCUGUGAAAGCUUGUGAAGGCCUCAUGCUUCUAGUAAGCUUGCCUGAGCCAGCUGCUGCCAGAUGCCUGACACAAAGUACGUGCUUGUGCGAACUGCUGACGGACCGGCUGGCCUCCCUGUACAAAGCCCUCCCUCAGUCAGUGGAUCCCUUAGAUAUCGAAACGGUGGAAGGUGUUAACUGGGGCUUGGAUUCAUACAGCCACAAAGAAGAUACAUCCGCUUUUCCAGGGAAAAGAGCCCUGAUUUCAUUUCUCUCCUGGUUUGAUUACUGUGAUCAGCUCAUCAAGGAAGCUCAGAAGACCACGGCCAUUGCCAUGGCAAGCUCAAUACGAGACCGUUUUUUCAUCGGCGUCAUGGAGCCCCAGCUAAUGCAAACUUCAGAGAUUGGGAUUCUCACAUCAACCGCUCUAUUGCAUCGUAUCGUUCGUCAAGUCACUUCGAACGUCCUAGUGCAUGAAAUGGUUUGCUUCAUCCUUGGAGAACAAAGGGAGCCGGAAACACUGACGGACAUCAACAGGCAUCCAUUGCGAUAUCGUUUAAUCGAACACUGCGAUCACAUUUCAGAUGAGAUCAGCAUAAUGACACUAAGAAUGUUUGAGCACCUUUUGCAAAAGCCUGAUGAGCACAUUCUUUAUAACUUGGUUCUUAGAAAUUUAGAGGAAAGAAACUACACAGAAUAUAAACCACCCUGCCAAGAAGAUAAAGAUGUGGUGGAGAAUGGCCAGAUAGCAGGAGCUGUAGACUUGGAAGAAGAUCCAUUAUUUACUGAUCUUUCUCCUGAUACCAUGCUGUCAAACCAAGAGUGGCUUAGCGCUUCUCCACCUGCCAGCCCAGAACAUCUGAAAAGUGACGGGAAGACAGAAGUUCAUAAAAUUGUAAAUAGUUUUCUUUGCCUAGUACCAGAUGAAGCCAAAUCUUCUUACCAUGUGGAGGGCACAGGUUAUGAUACCUACCUCAGAGAUGCUCACCGGCAGUUCCGGGAUUAUUGCGCCAUAUGCUUACGAUGGGAAUGGCCCGGCUCUCCUAAACCUUUGGAAAAGUGCAAUUUAGAAGCUUCAUUCUUUGAAGGACAUUUCCUGAAAGUUCUGUUUGAUAGAAUGGGAAGAAUUCUUGAUCAGCCAUAUGAUGUCAAUCUGCAAGUUACAUCUGUGUUGUCCAAGCUGUCCUUGUUUCCCCACCCACACAUCCAUGAAUACCUUUUGGAUCCCUAUGUAAAUCUAGCUUCAGGGUGCCGGUCUCUUUUUUCAGUGAUUGUUAGGGUUGUUGGGGAUCUCAUGGUAAGGAUCCAGCGCAUACCUGACUUCACACCUAAACUUUUGCUGGUCAGGAAGCGUCUCCUUGGCUUAGAACCUGAAGGGCCUAUUGUUGACCACAUGACGUUACUAGAAGGUGUCAUUGUGUUAGAAGAGUUUUGUAAAGAGCUGGCUGCAAUCGCAUUUGUGAAAUACCAUGCUUCGUCAACGCCAUAAGUAUCUAUUCUAAGUGUCCAACUAGGAGGUCAUCUCGUAUUUCAAUCAGAAAAGACUGA